GAGCUGGGCUUGCUUUCAGCACUGCCGUACCCCAAAAGGCGACUUGGAGCUCCUCUUGGUGCUGACAUGAUGACAGUGUGCAGGCCAGCCAAGGGCAGCCACAUCCAGACUGAAAGCCUGAGCUACAAAUUGGCUGACAAGGUCAAGGUGGAAGGUCCAAAGGCUGGGGAAGACCCUCGAAGGCUGCCAUUUAAGUCCCCCAUUCCUUUCCCAGAGACUGAUCAGGAUUCACCCCCCAGAAGAAGCUCAUUGGAAAGUCUCAAUAACCUGAUGCUAGAGUCAAGAGUGGACUGUUUUCAGCAGAACAUGUUCAGCUCAAAUAUGAUCAUCAGCGACCCAGCUUCAGAUCUCAGCGCUAAAGAAGCCAGCAAGGCGGGCAAGAGGCAGCUCAGUGGCAUUCAGAACCCCUGCCCUCCUGCCCGAGGCGGGGCCCUGCACAAGCCCCUCAGCAUAAAGGACAAGAUAUCCGAAUGGGAAGGGAAAAAGGAGUUGCCUACUCCUGCAUCCGGCAGGAAAGCAGAUGGGCAGGAGGACUACCUGAUGUCCUGUGUGAUGGGGAGGAGAAGCAGUAAUGGUGUGAGAGCAUGGGUCACGGAGGUUCAGGAUGGAACCAGGCCCGAGACAGAGAGCAAAGAAAAUGAGAGGGAUAAAGGGGUCGUGAAAGUUGGGGGACAGGAUGCAGAGCCAAGGCAAGACCUCAGCCAACCAGCCGGGCAGCUGGCAACCAGCUUGGGCAGAGGCCGAGAGCCCAGGCUGGGCAAGCAGCGCUUUCCAAACGAUAGCCUCUCCGUGCUGAGGCAGGUCAAGAAACUGGAGCAGGCUCUGAAGGAUGGGUCGGCGGGGUUGGAUCCCCAGUUACCUGGGACUUGUUACUCCCCACACUGCCUGCCAGAUAAGGCUGAGGAUGGGCCUGCCCUUCCUGAGAACCGUGGGGGCGGGCGUGGCUCGGAAUUCAGGUCCCACCACUGGGACCUGGAGGCCAGGGAGCCCGCUCCUGAGGCCGCAGAGGAAAGGAAACGCUCCUGCAGGAGGCCCUGCGACCAGAUCCUGGAGGGUGUGGACAGGAGCUCGGAGGGCUCCCCUGCAAAACCCUUCAUCAACCCCCUGCCCAAGCCCCGGAGAACGUUCAAACACGAUGGAGAAGGGGACAAGGACGGGAACCCAGGCAUCAGCUUGCAGAAGGAUAAAAGGCACCUGCCUCCUCUGCCUUCUCUACCUCCCCCGCCCCUGCCCUCCUCCCCCCCGCCCUCCUCUGUGAACAGAAGACUAUGGACCGGGAGGCCGAAACCCAGUGCUGACCACAGAAAGUCCUAUGAGUUUGAAGACUUACUGCAGUCUUCCUCUGAGAACAGCAGGGUGGACUGGUAUGCACAGACUAAGUUGGGGCUUACACGCACUUUAUCAGAGGAGAACGUCUAUGAAGACAUUCUAGAUCCACCAAUGAAGGAAAACCCUUACGAGGACGUUGACUUACAUGGUCGCUGCCUGGGGAAGAAAUGUGUCUUGACCUUUCCUGGUUCUCCCACUUCUUCCAUUCCUGACACACCCUCCAAGCAGUCAUUGGCCAAACCUGCUUUUUUCCGGCAAAAUUCAGAGAGGAGGAACUUCAAAUUGCUGGACACCAGGAAGCUGAGUCGGGAUGGAUAUGGGUCCCCUUCCAAAAUCAGCCCCCCCUCCACCCCCAGCAGCCCUGAUGACACUUUCUUUAACCUUGGAGACCCACAGAAUGGCAGGAAGAAGAGAAAGAUACCCAAGCUGGUGUUGCGAAUCAAUGCCAUUUAUGAGGCCCGGAGAGGGAAGAAACGCGUGAAGAGGCUCUCCCAGUCCACGGAGAGCGGCUCGGGAAAAGUGACAGAUGAGAACAGUGAGUCUGACAGUGACACGGAAGAGAAGCUGAAAGCGCACAGCCAGCGCCUGGUCAAUGUGAAGUCCCGCCUGAAGCACGCUCCCAGAUACCCGUGCCUUGACCGGGAGCUCAUGGAGUACCAGCAGAGGCAGCUGUUCGAGUACUUCGUGGUCGUGUCUCUGCACAAGAAGCAGGCCGGGGCUGCGUAUGUGCCAGAACUCACCCAGCAGUUCCCUCUCAAGUUGGAAAGGUCUUUCAAGUUCAUGAGAGAGUCCGAGGACCAGCUGAAGGCUAUCCCUCAGUUCUGUUUCCCUGAUGCCAAGGACUGGACUCCUGUCCAGCAAUUUACCAGUGAAACCUUCUCAUUUGUCUUAACUGGAGAAGAUGGGAGCAGACGGUUCGGUUACUGCCGAAGACUGCUGCCUGGUGGCAAAGGGAAGCGUCUCCCUGAAGUUUACUGCAUCGUGAGCCGCCUGGGAUGCUUCAGCCUCUUUUCAAAGAUCUUGGAUGAGGUGGAAAAACGGCGAGGCAUUUCUCCUGCCCUGGUACAGCCCCUCAUGAGGAGUGUCAUGGAAGCCCCUUUCCCAGCACUGGGCAAAACCAUCGUUGUCAAGAACUUCUUGCCAGGAUCGGGAACUGAGGUGAUUGAACUGUGCCGCCCACUGGACUCCCGGCUCGAGCACGUAGACUUUGAGUCUCUCUUCUCCUCUCUCAGCGUCCGCCACCUGCUCUGUGUGUUUGCCUCCCUGCUUCUGGAAAGAAGGAUCAUCUUCAUCGCAGACAAGCUCAGCACGCUGUCCAAGUGCUGCCACGCUAUGGUGGCCGUCAUCUACCCCUUCCCCUGGCAGCACACCUACACCCCUGUGCUGCCACCCGCCAUGAUCGACAUCGUGUGCUCACCGACCCCCUUCCUCAUCGGGCUGCUCACCAGCUCGCUGCCGCUGCUCCGGGAGCUGCCACUGGAAGAGGUCCUUGUGGUCGACCUCGUCAACAAUCGGUUCCUCAGACAGAUGGAUGACGAGGAUUCCAUCCUCCCCAGGAAGCUUCAGGUGGCCCUGGAGCACAUUCUGGAGCAGAGGAAUGACCUGGCUAGCGACCAGGAUGAAGGGCCCCCAGACUGCAAGCACGGCCCCGAGUCCAGCCCCUUGAAUGAGGUGGUGUCCGAAGCCUUCGUCCGCUUCUUCGUGGAGAUCGUGGGCCACUACUCCCUGUUCCUGACGGCGGGCGAGCGCGAGGAGAGGACCCUGCAGCGAGAGGCCUUCCGCAAAGCCGUCUCCUCCAAGAGCCUCCGCCGCUUCCUGGAGGUUUUCAUGGAGACCCAGACCUUUCGGGGCUUCAUCCAGGAGCGGGAGCUGCGCCGGCAGGAUGCCAAAGGUCUGUUUGAGGUCCGAGCCCAAGAGUACCUGGAAACACUCCCCAGUGGAGAACACAGUGGUGUCAAUAAGUUCCUGAAGGGACUCGGCAACAAAAUGAAGUUUCUCCACAAGAAAUAACCUCCAGCUCAGCCUCAAGGGAAAACUUCCUCCUGGUUGCAACCACAUUUUUUACAAAAACAGUCCUGGUGGCCUUUCUGAAACGCUGGGUCCUGGUUGUGCGGGGUAAAGGCCGGGAUGGUUUCCGGCUGCCGCAGGGCCUCCCCAGGACCCAGGGCCCAGCAGGGGCUGCUCCCGCAGAACAGCCCUGGAAAGGGGAUCUCAGACCAGGCAUGGCAGCAACUUCCAAAUGGAUUGUUUGGGUUGUUGGGUUUGGGAUUUUUUCUAUUUUUUACUCUUAGGUAUUAAAAGAAAGAAAAGUGUUUGGGUUUUCUUUUUAUUAUGCCAGGGCUAAGAAAACUCUCUU